AUGACUCCACCAGUGUUUGACUUCGACACUGAAUUUAAGAAGCUGUCCAAAACGUGUUUGAGCAACGAAGAUCAUGAGCAGUUAUGGAACAACACUGUUCAUUAUUAUUUUGCACGCUCAUACAAUCUAUUUUUGAUUCAAGCAGCGCUAGAGAGGAUUGGCCAGACGGAGAUGAGAACGACACUGAACUUCUCGCCACGUCGUAUCUGGAAAUCCUGGGGAAUCCGAGUCACCGAAGAAUCCGGGAGAAUACGCGCUUCUUUUAAGCCCAGUGAAAGCGAACUGGCAUCGGCGAAUACCAUUGAAUCUUACUACAAUCUUGUAGAACCGCGUUACGUAUUUCCCACUGCCGCUAUGAUCCCCGUGGAGGGAAAUAUGACUCCUGCCAUUGCAUUCUUAGACACUCGUUUCCCCUUCAUUCGUGCCUAUUACAGGCAUAGUUUUGAAAAAAUCCUUUAUCGUGAUGGAAGAAAGAUAAAUAGAAAAUUAGUUGAUGACAUGAUUGACAAGUUCGAAGAGAUUGUAUUUAAAUUAAGCGAUACAAUGGAUCCGAUGUUUGGUUAUUCUGGUGAAAAGUCUAAAAACUGUGAUGUAUAA